UGUCUGUGUUUAUGGUUGUAAAACGCGUUUAUAACCCCUAAAACUUCUCUCCGAUGCAAAAGAUGCAAUGUUCUGUUUAUGAUAUCUGCGACAGAUCUUGAAGAAAAAUUAUUCCGACUUGGUGAAGAAAAAUAUGUCAGAGAAAGCGAAAACCAUGAGCCACAUUAAACAUAUUCCCAAGGAUGCUCAAGUCAUCAUGUCAAUCAUGAAGGAUAUGGGAAUAACGGAUUACGAGCCUAAAGUGAUCAAUCAAUUGUUGGAAUUUACAUAUCGAUAUGUCACAUGCAUAUUGGAUGAUAGCAGAAUAUAUGCGAAUCAUGCCAAGAAGAAGUUUAUCGACUUGGAUGAUGUCAGAUUAGCAGUUAAGAUGCAACUGGAGCGUUCGUUUACGAAUCCACCACCCAGAGAUGUAUUGCUGGAGGUGGCACGCGCCAAAAACAACAUUCCGUUACCGUUUGUCAAGCCAAAUAAUGGCCUCAGAUUACCACCGGAUCGAUAUUGUUUAAAUGGAACCAAUUACAGACUCAAAAAUGCGACAAAAAAGGUUGUUCAAAAACCUGCGCAUUCAUUGGUUGGCAAUAAUCAGUCUGGUGGACAAUCGAGGCCAAAAGUGGAGGGAAACAAAACUGGAGUAUCAAUCGUUAAAAGACCUGGCACACUUGCUACUGUCGCUAGAACGCAAAGUAUUUCUAUACCAAAGCCAGUUUUGAAAUUCUCAACAGCAACGACCAGCACCACGACGGUGAAGACACAAGUAACAAAACCGAAGAUACAAAUCAGCUCCGCUCAAACGUUGCCAACCGUGAAGAUGGAAACUGACGAAACGUUGAAAAGGAAGCGAGAGGAUGACGAUUAUGACGUACCGUAAUCUCUCGAUUUUAAAUAAUUUUCCGUUUAACAAUUAGUUUAUUCUCGAACUUAUUUUUUUUUAUAAUUUGGAAUUUUGCAACAAUCCGUGAACAAUACAAGUCUUUACAAUAAUUAUAAUCCUUGUUAAAGCGAUAUAAAAAGCGAUAUAAAAAGAAAAG